AGUGAAUGAACGAGAGUCAUAGCGCGCAUUCACGCUGGACGUAUUCACAAGUCUUGCGAGCGGCUAAGAGCUUGCGGAAUCAUUCCUUCAGCAACCGCCUUUCUAAUUUUCACGAGACGGUCUACUCGGUUCUAGUUUCAAGUUAUAACGUUUCCAUACGAAUAAUACUUUAAGUGACGCUAUGUGCAUCUGAAACUGUGAUUUUCCCCGUAACCAAGGAAUUUUCAGUGCAGUGUUUAUUUUGCGGGUCGUUCGAGAAAUUUUAUUGGAAUUCUUCGCGCAUACCAACAGAAUCAAAGAUGCUUCUAAUUUUACUGCUAUUUUUUGCUUCGACGCGGGCCCUUCCCCAGGGGGCCCCCACCUCGGUAUGCGAAUCGAUGCUGCCCAAUCACGGUGGGGGAAUCCCUCCACAAUCGGGGAUCAGCCCCUACACCGUCAUUCCCAGACGGCAAAACGGCGCAGUGCUAGUCACCAUCCAGUCAGGGCUGGGGAUACCGUUCCAGGGCUUCAUGCUGCAAGGCAGGACCCCCGAGGGGGACAUUUUGGGGGAGUUUGACGUUUCAUCGACGGAAGACGGCCACUCGAUCGACUGCUCCAACACUGGAGACGCUUUGACUCACAAGAGUCCAAACAGUAAGGCCAGUCUCGAUGUUGUGUGGAAUCCGCCAGACGGGUACGAAGGACCAGUCAUUUUCAAUGCCACCAUAGCCCAGGGCUACGACACCUUCUGGGUGGGUGUGGAAUCCCCGCAAGUGGAAAUCUCGAAACGCAGCCCGGACGACGCGCCCCCUCUAUCGUCAACCAGACGCCCUAAAACCACCACCCCCCCCUACUUCACCCCGCAAGCCGACAAGGAGUCCUCCGCGGAGUUCGACCAGUUCUACGACGGAUGCGCGGUCACCAAACUCUGCUUCGGAGCGCCGACCAACUGCAUCAACUCCAAAAACUGCAAGGCAGUGGUCGCAGUGACCGUUCUGGGUGAUAAGUACGAUUUCGAGUUGAAGGCCACCUCAGGAGCUGCGUGGGUCGGCGUGGGGUUAUCAGAUGACGUCAAAAUGGGGGACGAUUCCGUCAUAGAAUGCGUCAAGAGCGGUAAUGGGCUUAAGGCCUUCAUGUCCUGGACUACUGUUAAACCGUAUGCCGCAAAUAGGCUAUCUGAUCCUGAACUUGGAAUUCAACUGUUGAAUAGUAGUAUAUCAGAUGACACCAUCUACUGCAAAGUUAGAAGGGAAGCAGUGACGAAUAUUAGAGGAAGAAACUUCGAUUUGGUAAACGACAAAUACAAUCUUCUGGUAGCCGCAGGAAACACAGUAACCGAUACUUCUGUUAAGUUCCACGGAAUCGCUGUCUUGGCCAGCGGAGAGAAACAAUUCUUAUCCGACGUGUCAGCGUUAGCUGCAGCUUCGAAAUUACUGGUGAGAAUCCAUGGGUCCUUCAUGGUUUUGGCGUGGAUCGGAACGGCUUCCAUUGGAAUGCUACUCGCUAGAUACUACAGACAAACAUGGACGGGAACCUCACUCUGUGGAAAGGAUUUGUGGUUUGCUUGGCAUAGGAUGUUCAUGGUUUUGACUUGGGCGUUGACAAUGUGCGGUUUCGUUUUGAUAUUUUUGGAGUUGAGGGCCUGGUCAGCAGAAAAUAACCCCCAUGCUAUUCUCGGCACCACCACAACCAUUCUAUGCUUCUUCCAACCCAUUGCUGCCUACUUCAGACCCCAUCCAGGAACCUCGAAGAGACCCAUAUUCAAUUGGCUGCAUUGGUUUGCGGGAAAUGUCGCCCAUAUCAUUGCCAUCGUCACCAUUUUCUUCGCGAUUAGACUAACAAAGGCUGAACUACCGUUGUGGAUGGACUGGAUCUUGGUGGCUUAUGUUGUUGUGCAUGUUGUUUUCCACCUAACCUUAUCGUUGUUGGGUUGCCUGUCGGAUAAAAGAGCCGAUACGAGGAUAAACGCAUUCCCAAUGAAGGAUCUUAACGGUUCUGGAAGAGCUCCCGCGUACAUAGAACCACCAAUGGACGAAAAAUAUUCCAGAACGAGACGGGCAAUCCUGGGAGUGUACAUUUUCUUAGUUUUGCUCCUGACGAUAGCUCUUAUCGUUAUUACAGCUCUAGCUCCCAUCGAGGACACAUGGGAGACUGUUAGAAAAGCGGUGACGAGGAGCAGUUAGUUAAAGUUAAAAAUACAGCGAUUUUUGUUUACUUAAUUUACCGAGAAUUACCAAAUAAUAACCGUACUUUGUAUUUAUAAACUGACUGAUUUUUUUAAUUAGUUUUUAAUAGUCUUUUUUUUUACUUCAACCGCUUCGACAAUUUGGCUUCAGUACUGAAAGAUUUGCUAAAAAUUUAAUAUGAUUCGGUUUUUAUAUAUUUUAGUGAUGGAAGAAAAAUUAAAAAGAUUCUUAAUACGUAAAACUUUCAGUAUAUUGUAAAUUUUGAAAACAGUAUUAUAAAAUAUUUUUUUAUUUCGUUAUUGACAAGAAUUGCAAAUACCCGGUAAUUUAUUUGUUUUUAUUUUCUUCUCUGUUUUUUAACAAUAGUUUAUAAGAUGAAUAUAUGAUUAUUUAAUAAUUGUUUGUAAAUAAAUUAUU